GAAGUGUAGAAGCUCUGUCAGAGCUCCGCUCCCCUCCCCCCGCCCUCCUCCUCCAGCUAUUUGCCAGCCAGCCUCGACGACAGACAGCCAGCCGCUCGCCGUCCUGCUGCUGCGCGGAGUCCCGUCUUCUCCCUCCGAGCUCGGGUGUUGUAUUUUUCUCCCGUCUGCGAGGAUCUCCGCGGAGCGACUUGCGAGUUCGGUCGCGUCUCUUGUCGGGGGGAAAAUCAGUCUUAUCUUUGCGAGCUUUGUUCUCCAGUUGCCCUUCAAGACAUAUGGAGAAAAUGGCCAGACCUCUUCCUAUAAACCCAACUUUCCUGCCGCCGACUCACGGCGUACUGAAAUCCCUGCUGGAAAAUCCGCUGAAGCUGCCUUUCCAUCACGAUGAAGGGUUUGGAAAAGACAAGGAUAAAGGAAAAAAGCUGGAGGAUGAGAGCAGCACAGCCAGCCACCCACAGUCGGCCUUCCUCGGUCCGACCCUCUGGGACAAGACGCUGCCCUACGAUGCGGACAACUUUCAGCUGGAGUACAUGGACCUGGAGGAGUUCCUGUCGGAGAACGGCAUCCCCGCCAACACAGCCCAGAGUGACCAGAGCGCACAGGCAGUGCAGCCGCCACAGCAGGGCCCGCCACCCACCCCGCCCGCCCCACCAACACCCUCUGUAGUGGACCUGAGCAGCCGGACCAGCACCUCGGUUCACACAGGCAUGGCGCCUCAGACCUGCCUCCGCAGCCCCAGUGCAGCAGCAAUGCCCUCAUCCCGGGACACCCCCAGCCCCAUCGACCCAGAGUCCAUCCAGGUGCCCCUGACCUACGAGCCCGACCCGGCAGACCUGGCCCUGUCCAGCGUGCCCGGCCAGGAAAUGUUCGACCCCAGGAAACGCAAGUUCACCGCCGAGGAGCUGAAGCCGCAGCCCAUGAUCAAGAAAGCCCGCAAGGUGUUCAUCCCCGAAGACAUGAAGGACGACAGGUACUGGGCCCGGCGCAGAAAGAACAACGUGGCGGCCAAGAGGUCACGAGACGCCCGGCGGCUGAAAGAGAACCAGAUCGCCAUCCGGGCCGGCUUCCUGGAGAAGGAGAACGCCGCUCUCCGCUCGGAGGUAGCGGACUUGAGGAAGGAGCUGGGCCGCUGCAAGAACAUUCUGGCUAAAUACGAGGCCCGACACGGGCCCCUGUGAACCCGCCCCCACCCCGUAAAAACACCACCAGCCCCACACCCGCGUCACCACCCUCAAUCCACCCUCCCUCCAUUUUGAAGGACAAUGUGUCUCAUUUUGGUGGCACUGCCUCCUCCACCAACACCCCCACCUACUCCUUUCUCCUCCCACAAAGCUCCCCGUGUCACCCUCCCCUCCCCCCCCCCCAACACACACCUGUGUGAUUCUGGUAUUAUAACUUUAAAAAUUUUGACUUCUGUCAUGACCUUCGAUUUGUCUGCUCCUUCUUUUAUUUUCUGUACACAUCGUUCAACUAAAAAUAUAUAUAAAUAUAUAUAUACAUAGAGGAAUAUAUGUAUUUACACAUGCAUACUUCCCACUUUGAUGUACUGUGAGGAGUUUUGAGCCAACCCACCAGCCGCCCCCCCUCCACCUCCUGCUACCUUUUUGAGAAAUGAUGCCAUGCUGUUUGUUGGUCACUUUCAUACCGAUUUUAUACGUGAGAUCAGGACUGAAAACUGUUUCCUGUUUCCCUUUUUCUUCUUCUUCUUCUACUGUGUUUUCAGUGACGUGUCCGAGAGCCUGCUUACAGCACCGCACACUGAAUUCUGCGUUUCUAAAGGCGUGAAAAAGUUUUGUUUUGCUCCCAUCACGAUCUUCUUUUGGACGGUUUUGUUGAUGUCUGACUCCGCUCCCCUCCAGCUCCUCUAACACAGCUUUCUCAUUGUGCCGUAGGUUUAAAAAGAAAAUGUAGAGCGAUUUUGGUUACUCUUCAUCCACCGGACACUGAGCAAUAAUUCCUGUCCAGAACUAAACCGACAUGACUACCCUCUUGUUCCUCACCCCUCCCCUCCCCCUUUUCCCUCCCUCACUUCUCAUUUAACUCACCUCCGUUAACUAAGAAGACCUUAGUUAACCUCUGCACUAAUGCGUGUCUCACAAUCUGAUCCGGUGCAAUGCGGUUUCCACCCACUCAAAAUUUCCUCCGCCUCAUAUUUAUCUACCUUUUAUUUCUCAGAUGGAAGAUUGUUGUUUUUUAUACAUAUAACGAUAUAUAUAUAUGUAUAUAUAUCGAUGUAUGUACUCUGUUGAUAUAAUUGUUAGUAUUAAUACUACUCGACAUUGUUGUUUAGCCUCCUCCUCGUUUUCAGAUCUCAGCAUGAGUUUCUUUUGCAAAGCUGUUUGCAAAUCUUUUUUUGUUUUUUGCAGAGUUGUCGAUAAUUCUUUCCGCUUCUGUUUAACUCGGCAUGAUUAACACUCUCGUGUUUUUAUUUUAGAAACCAGUACGGAUGUCUGUAGUCUCUCAUUUUAGCUCUGUGUUUGCCUUCUUUUUAAAGAUGGCUGUAUGAAUGUAAAAGAUGCUAACAAAAAAAGAAGAGUUGGAUGGUGUUGUCCAAUACUGUGGUUAACCCAGUCAGUUUACUGUAGACCAAACAAUUCACAGCAGAUGAUAUAUUGGUUACCAGAGAUAUGUUUAUAUGAACCUAUUCUAUUUCUUUUUGUACAGUAUUUUUCCUAUACAUUACUGAAUUAUGUAUUUUAAAGGCACAACAGAUCCAGAAUAUUAUUAAAGAAUAUUAAGAAUAUAAGUAGUAUAUAACACAAAGACAAAUGCAUAUAGUGGUAUUUUGAUAUUCUAUAUUAGCUAGGAUGUAGUAGUUUUGCAGAUACUUGUGGAUAUUCAGCAGCACCCGAACCUCCUGGGCAUUAUUAUUAUUAUUAUUAUUAUCAUUAAGAAUAUUAUUAUUAUUAUGACACUCCUGCUUUUGCUUGGGCCACCUUUAGGCUCCCGUAUCAUGUAAAGCUCAUGAGAGGAAGCAGAUGCUGAAAAUGCAGUCUAGAAUAGAGAAUGUACACUUUGGCCCUUUUUUAAAAAUAAAUAAAUAAAUAAAAUAAAUCCAUCAGUCCCACCUGAAAACCCAUCAUAGUGUCGUUGCCUCGGCCCCCGACUCCCCCGUCACGUCCUGACCUGUAACGAGCCCUCCAGGCUUUUCUUUCUUUCAGUGUUGAAUAUUCGAGUUUUCGAGGCUUUUUGUAACCACGCAGCCUGUGUGACUCUUGUUUCUUUCUGAUCUGAUUUGAUGGGAUGAAGUUACUAUGAAGGAAGGGAAAUCUAUAGCUGGUCACUAUUGCUGCUCUGUGUUUGUUCGUUUUCCUUCAGCCGGUGCAGUUGCAGCGUGUCCCUGAACCUGAGUGAUGGACACUGGGAAGCUUUCUUUCUUUUUCUUAAAACAAAAGCUUACAGUGGUGCCCAAACCUUAAGUUGUGUUGUAGUUUAGAGCUGCAUGCUGCUUUUUUGCCAAUCAGUCCAAGACCAGGAUGUGACUGGUUUAUGUUUUUGAAGGCUGAUAUUGGUGUUUCUGAUCAUGUAUGGAAGCCCGAGGCUGCCAAAAAUGAAAAUGACAUUAUUCAAGGGAACAUUUCAACCUUUUGGGAGAUUUUUCAGUUACUUGUUGACUAUUAGAUGAGAAGAUCAAUACCCUGUUUGCAUGUCUGUGUGUUAAGUAUGACGCUACACUUUGGAUUAGCUUAGCACCAGGAUGUCAAACGGGGAAACGGUUAGCCUGGCUUUGUCUGGAGGUACCAGCACCUCCAAACUCAGCACACAAACCACAGUGUAACAGCAGCCUUUGCUGGUUGCUGGCACACAAAAAUACAUACGAAAUAUUUUUACACUUGGAACAAACAAGACCAAGAGCGAGGAUUAACUGUUUCCCCUCUUUCUAGUUAUGCUAAGCUAAGCUAAUAGACUUUAGCCUUGUAUUUAACAUAAGACAUAAGAGUGGUACUGAUUUUCUCAUAGAUCUCAGUGUCAAACUGCUCCGUUUUUUGAUUUGUUUGCCUACAGUGUUGAAAUCAUCCAAUAUGAGCUAAAUUUCAGUUUUGUGACUUCCAUAUGUUUGUGCUGAAAUCUUAAAAAUGUUGUAUCAGGAUUGAAAACUAAAAAUGAGUCCAAAUGAGACGCUCAGGAAAAUCAAUAUCAGCCUAAUGAAACAGCGCGUACACGUAGGUCAAAUCUCAGUCUCGACCUGUUUGAACAUCCGAUCCAAAGCUGUGUGUGUGAGACACAAAAAGAUUCUUUUCUAACCACAGAUUAUCGUUUUAGUAUUUCCGCGCUUCGGAGGGCGUUUCCCUCCUGCGUCUUACCUGCACUGACGUGUGUGACCAGGAUUCGUAGAGAAGACUGGAACCCGCGGAGCAUCUCUUUACGAAAUCAUACAGGAAAAAGCCAAUACGUAAUCUAUGUGUAUCCCAAAAUUACCUCACUGUCGAGUGAUUUCACUACCUCACCCGGAAACGUUAACCAUAAUCCAGAGUCUAUUCCAGUGCCUUGAAUACACUGACUGUUCCCCAGUCUCUCAGCAAUGUAAAGUUCUCAUCACCAAUCGGACAGCUUCAGAUCUGCUCUGAAGGGCUUCUGAGUGCAUCAAAAAGCUAUAUAUUAUAUACACUGACAGCUCUUUUCAUUUCUUAUUUUGGACAUUGCAACAGACCUGUAACCAUUGUAUUCAUGGCAACACCAACAGACUGUUUCAGAGUGUGUAAAAACAACAACAACAACAGGAAGGUGUACUUGCGUUUCGUUUGUCAUGGAAUGGAUGCAUAACUUUGAUUUGUGCUGUUCAGCCCUCAGCCUCUCCGUCUCUCUGUAAUUUGUAGUGUCUAAUAAAAUCCCGACUCUUUUCUGA